UCUCCCUCAACGCUCAGCUGAAACAAUUAUUUUGAAUUUGUGUAACAACUCACCAGUGUUCUUUCAUUGGUCCUUCAUUCUAAAUGGAUUUGGUGUUCCCUCUGAAACCCCAAACCGCGUUUCUCAAAGUACCCUCCUCUUCAGCCCUCUUCCUCCCCCUUCCUUUCAAGUCCCUUCGUCUUCGUCCAGUCUCAGCUACUUCCAAGAAACUCAGGGUUCACUGCGAGCUUGAAAGCAGAGUCAAUGGCGCUAUUUCUGGUGACUUUGACCCCCGCUUUGUUGACAGGCAAAAAGCACUAGAAGCAGCAAUGAAUGACAUAAACAAUUCUUUUGGAAAGGGAAGUGUUACAAGAUUGGGCAGUGCUGGGGGAGCUUUAGUUGAAACAUGUCCUAGCGGCUGUUUGACCUUGGACUGUGCUUUAGGUGGCGGUCUUCCGAAAGGUAGAAUUGUUGAGAUAUUUGGACCAGAAAGCAGUGGGAAGACUACCAUUGCACUUCAUGCUAUUGCAGAAGUGCAGAAACUAGGAGGAAAUGCAAUGCUCGUUGAUGCUGAGCACGCCUUUGAUCCAGCAUACUCUAAAUCAUUAGGAGUGGAUGUAGAAAAUUUGAUUGUCUGCCAACCUGAUCACGGAGAGAUGGCUCUUGAGAUUGCAGAUCGAAUGUGUAGAUCUGGUGCCGUAGAUCUCAUUUGUGUGGAUUCUGUCUCAGCUCUCACUCCACGAGCAGAAAUUGAGGGUGAGAUUGGAAUGCAGCAAAUGGGGUUGCAAGCUCGCCUUAUGAGUCAAGCUUUACGCAAGAUGUCUGGAAAUGCCUCAAAAGCUGGCUGUACACUAAUAUUUUUGAAUCAAAUAAGAUAUAAGAUUGGCGUCUAUUAUGGAAAUCCAGAAGUGACAAGUGGUGGAAUUGCAUUGAAGUUCUUUGCGUCAGUUCGGCUAGAAGUUCGUCCUAUAGGGAAGAUAAAGUCUGCCAAAGGAGAUGAAGAAAUUGGCCUUAAAGUCCGUGCAAGAGUGCAAAAGAGCAAGGUAUCAAGGCCUUACAAAAUAGCUGAAUUCGAGAUUAUAUUCGGUGAAGGAGUCAGUAAGCUGGGUUGCAUUUUAGAUUGUGCAGAAAUACUGGACAUUGUCCUAAAGAAAGGUUCUUGGUACAGCUACGGGGACCAUCGAUUGGGACAGGGAAGGGAGAAAGCAAUACAGUACUUGAAGGAGAACACACACAUUUUAGAGGAAAUCGAAAAGGUAGUUCGGUCUUCAUUGGUCGAGGGAACAAACCAAACAAACCUCGCAUUCACAAAGAGCGGUCCAGUUCUCCAUCAAGAUGAUGAUAUCUUUGAUGAAGGUCAGUGAAGAUAGAAUUAUUCCUUUAACAAGUUUUGGAGAUAAAUUGGUGAAGGUUUGCACUGGCCGGGGGCGGGGGGUUGUCUUACUCUGCGAAAUUGAAAUGGUGGCGGCUUCAUGAUUUGAUAUUUAUAUUGGUUCCUGGUGUUUCAUUGGUUGAUAUUGAUUAAAUUGAUGGGAUGACAAUCAUGUGAAAGGCGAGCAUUAGCCAGUAGAUGCAUGGGAAAUACAGAAAAAGGGAAAAAAUGAAUGUGAAAGGUCUAGGAAUGAUGGUUCUUUCUAUUCAAGUUGCUUAUAAGCUAUAUAAGUGCUCAGUCAUGGCCUCAUGAUUUCUA